CACUUUCAUUUGAACACCCACAGCACAGCAUCACAUCAUUAUACAGCAAAGCAGAAGCUGGACAAUACUGAUUUUGUCCCCGUAAAACCCCAAAUCAGCAUCACGAGCAGAACAUAGGACCCACUGGGCCUGAGACAGCAGAGUGAUGAGUGCUGCCAAGAGUCAGACACCACAGUCCACACUGCAGGCUCUGCAGUGCCACUUCACCUGGGAUCUGGACCCCAGCAGGUCCAAACUUUUCUGUCUCAGGGACAAGCUGGAGGACAUCGGCGACGACGAGGCAAACUAUUGGCUGGGUCACAUUUACAACCUGCUGGGGUACAUCCACUACCAGCUGGGGUUCAUCAAUGAAGCCCGGAGACUCUUCAGCAGGGUUGCAGAGGCCUUUCAGCAGACAAGAAAAGCAGAUGAGGGUCCUUGGUUGGUGGUGAACUACGGGAACCAGGCUUGGCUGCACCACCACCUGGGAGAAGAAGCAGAGAGCCAAGCUUACCUGUCAAAGGUUGACGCCCUGCUGAAUAAAUACCCAUCUCCAUCGCAGGACGAGCUGCACCCAGAGGUCUACGCUGAAAAGGCCUGGACCCUGAUGAAGUUCGAGGCAGACCAGAAGCUGCUGGCUGCAGAUUACUUCCAGAGAGCCAUCAGGAUGCAGCCAGACAUGGUGGAGUGGCAGACCAGCUACAUCAUAGGGUCAGUGAAUGCUUUAAAUCACAGCAACACAGAGCUGGACCCCGACCUGUUUGAGAAAAUGAGAAUUGCCAAGGAACAGGAUCCAGAGAACCUGUACCUGGCUGUUCUGUACCUCGACCAGCGGGCAAAGAAAGGGGAAGAAACUGCAGAUGAAGCACAUGAGUUAGCCAGAAAGGUUCUGAGAAAUCCUGUCAGCAGUUACAGUGGUAUCAAACCAUUGCUCAGGCUUUACAGACAGCCUGACACUAUUGAUGAGGCUACUGAAUUGGCCGAGGAGGCUCUGGGAAACCAUCCAGAUGAACGCUUUCUGAAGAGAUGUGCUGCACUCUGCUACAAAUGGAAGGUCCUUUUUUUCAGGGACAGUCACCUAAAGCAAAGCAUGACAGACAGAGCAAUCAGUCUGCAUAAGGAGGUGAUUUCUCUCUAUCCUCAUUCUGCACUUCUGAAGAAAUCAGACCUUGCAAGUAUGUAUGCAAAGUCGUACAGCGGCAUGGUUGAAGCUGAUCGGAUCUACCAGGAAAUGCUGCAAACUGUUCUGGAACCUGCAGACAGACAGCUGCUUUACAACAACUACGCUAAAUAUUUACACUUUGAUCGACAGGACCGCCAAAGGUCAAUAAAAUAUCACAUGAAGGCAGCAGAGAUGCCAUAUCAGACCUUCUAUCGACAGAACAGCAUCAAAAUUCUGCAAAAGAUUCAAGAGAGAGGCUGGCACCAAAUGUAUAGCGAAAUAAAGGCGUUUCUGGAUAACCUUCAAGAACCAUAGUGCAGCACACAGCCUGGGUUUCCAGAGAAAGCAGGCUAAAAAUCCAUACAUACUCAGUACUCUGAAACAUAUUAGGAAAACGUGGAAAAAAUUUAAGUUUUAAAAUGUUAAAAUGGAAGUGAGACACUGUCUGAACCCAGCAUGACGGGAGGUUUGGGCCUGUUUGAUGUGAAAAACAAGCACAGAUUCACUUCACCCCUGCACCUGAAUCCUCACACACGGAUCGGCUGAAUCUGAUGUCACCAUGUCAGCUCUACAGAAAGUGCUUUUGCAAGGUCAAACAGUGCUUCAUAGUGACUAAAGGUGAAGGAUUCAACUUCACCAGUUUUAACAUCAGAUGCCCCUCAGUUGGGGCAGACAUACAUCUCUAAAUACAUAUCGGCCAUAGCAGAAAGUCAAACAGCAAAAGCAGUUAUUUUCAAAGGAAUGGCAGCAAUCUGAGCAUUCACUUGCAAGGGUGAAAUAAAUCUGUGCAAACCGUCAUGAACACUGACACACAGCUUUGCACUGACCUCUGGGAGGGAAACGGCCAGAUUGAUCCUCUCAAGGCAGGUGCAAGCUGAUUUUUACAUUCUUAACGUAAUGCUAUUUUACAUCAUUUUACUAACAGCAGCAUCAUACUUUAGAUAAUAUGCACUGUAGGCAUAGUGGAAAAUCUACAAAACUCAUUUUGUGUCAAAAUACAAUCACAAUGACAGGACCCCAUGUGGCUGCAGUCGCUCUAGUUGUUAAACUAUACUAACACUUCAUGAUGUGUAUAAAAAUAACGAGGAGCCUUAUUAUUUCUGCAGAAGCAAGCCAGAUGGUUCAGGUUGAAGUUAGGAGCAGUUUGUUUUCCCACAGGAUGCUACCUGGGAGAGAGACACUGACUGGAGGUCAGAUUUAUCACUUUCAUCACUCUCCGCGUCCUGGAGGAAGCACUGGGAACAGAACGAUUUAUGAAUCACACCAGUUAUGUGAAGACGGACAGUAGCUACAUCUGGAAACCAACUGACUGUUCACAAGUCUGGAAGGGAAAUACCACAUAAACUGCCUUUAAAUCCUGAACAUUACAUGACUCAAAACUGUAUUUGAAAUUAAGAACAAAACAGACUUUAUAACAUUUGCUUUGCUAAAAGCUUUGUAGUGAAAAAAUUAAGAUUGGUAAUACUGUAUGUUCAUUUGAUGCAUAACCUGAAUCAUGACUAGAAGACACAGUGGGCAUAGAAAAUACAGUAUGCUACACUGAGUCUCAGCUGCACACAGUGCUAAUAAAUAUACACAUAAUGAACAAUUUUGUUUUGGUGGUUACUCUACACAGAACUUCACACAGGAGCUGAAGACGCCUUCUGAGAGCUACUGCCAAAGUUUGAGAAAAGCCAAACCUUUGGGCAAAGUUUGUCAUUUUGUUUUCCAAAAGCCCUGAGGUUUAUUAUGUUCUAAUAAGUGCGCAGGAAAUAACUUAAAUUUAGUACUAAACGAGGUUAAGUGGAAUUUCCUCGAAAGAAACACUCUCUAUUACCGAAAACUUCAUUAAGCCCGUAAAGGUCUAACCAUAUCUUUCCCAAAGAUUAAUCUAACCCUUCUGCAUGUCCAACUGUGGCUCGGUCAUGAAAAGGUUCCUUACAACUAACCUCCCAAGAGCAUCAGACACGAGCUGGGGGUCCUCGUCAUCCUCAAGAGUCAAACUUCUGAACCCACAGGACUGAUGAAUCAGGGUCUUUAUUUCCAUUAUCAGAUCAGUUUGUAAAACUCGUUCACAUACAGAAACUGUUUACAAGAGACACGUCUUCUCUAUAUACACAUGUCCAAAAGUUACCAGUAAUGGCCAUAACUAUGUGAAAACUGGGAGUAUCACAGAACUUUUCUCUUCCAGGGAGUUUGAACCACAGGCCGAGGUUAAAAGGUUUUCAGUGGUUACAAACUGUAUUUACCCACUGCUGAGACCCGAGGGCUUCACACUGCAGCUGCGCCGUGUUACAGACAGGUUAGUGGGCCAGUAUCAAAAAAUGGAACUACUUUCCAUACAAAAAAGAUUGAGUCAAGAUUUCUGACAGUUUGGAGGUAAAAAAACAAAC